GUUCUGGCUAGAGUCAGUCGGUGUCUUGUCACGCUCGAAUCGAAACGUCUCAGUAAUUUUACGUCGAUAGUGCUGUGAACUUGUGCGAUAUAUUACGAUAAAAUUUGUUAUUUUUGAAGUUUUUUUUUGUUUGGAAUAUAAAAGCGACAAGAAUGGGAGAAGACAGAAACGACACCAAGGAACCUAUAGCUGAAGAAACACAAGCCGAAGAAGACACAAAUAAAGAUACUAACACAGACACAAUCAUACCAAAAACAGACACAAACACACAAAAGCACACAGAGAAAAAGAAUGAAAAGGAAAAAUCUAAUUAUGUUCAAAAUAUAAUGCACUCCGGACUUUCCCUGCAUAGUAACAAUAUUAAGGACGAAAUGCUAUUGCCUGAUUCAAAAACUGUAGCCAGAUUCUCUCCAAUAUGGAAACAGAGUCUCGCGUCCAUGGCAGCCAUUUUACUGACCUUCACGUCAGGUCUAACAUCUGGCUAUUCAGCAAUUCUUCUGCCACAACUCAAGGAUUCCGGCAGCUCCAUACCCACUGAUGAAAGCACUGCUUCUUGGAUUGCGGCAAUGGCUGCGCUACCAAUGGCACCGGGCUGUCUCAUCUCUGGCUGGCUGAUGGAGAAGUUCGGAAGACGCAACGCACACUUCAUAGUCAGCGGACCUUUCCUUCUUGGCUGGGUUCUCAUCGCGUGCUCGAAUAACCUUGCCCUUAUGCUCUUAGGAAGAUUCUUUACAGGUCUCUGCGUCGGUUUGUUAGGCCCACUCGCGCCUGUGUUCAUCAGUGAAACCACAGACCCAAAAUAUAGAGGCAUCUUCUUAGCUGGAAUAUCCCUGGCCAUCGCUGUGGGCAUUUUCGUAUCGCACCUCAUCGGUACUUGGGUACAUUGGCAAUGGACGGCUUUAAUCUGCUGCAUUUUCCCAGUAUUAUCUGUUAUUUUACUAACCUUGGUCCCAGAAAGCCCUACCUGGUUGAUUAACAAGGGAGAAAUCGAAGAUGGCGUCAAAGCAUUCGGAUGGUUGAGAGGCUAUAGCGAUGAGGCGAAAGCUGAGUUGAAAGCAAUUUUAGAGAAGAAGAAGGCAGAAGAAUGCAAGCCAGUGAUGACUUUACAACAGAAAAUCGUUAGCCUUAAGAGCCCGGAGUUGUUAAAACCACUCAUGAUUAUGAUCAUAUUCUUCGUGACUUGCCAGUUCUCUGGUGUAAACGCUGUUGCAUUUUAUUCUAUAGAAAUAAUUGAAAAAGCUGUAGGCAAAGGUAUAGAUCACUAUUUAGCCAUGUUAGUGAUUGAUUCACUCCGGACAGUUAUGUCAGUUGUAGCUUGCGUAAUUUGCAAGAAGUAUGGCCGCAGACCAUUGACGAUGAUAAGUGGAAUAUUCACAGCUCUAUCCAUGGUCGGUUUAUCGAUGUAUUUGUAUUUCACGGACGGCAAACAAACGAACAUGACGUGGCUUCCCUUGACGUGUCUGAUGGCGUAUAUCUGCGCAAUAUCUAUUGGUCUAGUUCCCAUUCCUUGGAUGAUGUGCGGAGAACUUUUCCCCACUAAAGUAAGAGGUUUGGGCUCAGGAAUCAGUUCUGCGACAACGUUCGUAGCAUUCUUCGUAGUUGUUAAGACUGCUCCAGGCAUGAUGUCGAAUUUCGGUGAAGUUAUUACAUUCCUCUCAUAUGGCCUGAUAGCACUCCUAGGAACGGGCGUAUUAUACUUCAUCCUACCAGAAACGAAAGGCAAAAGCUUACAGGAAAUCGAAGAUAAGUUCAAGAAACCAAAAGAAAGUAUAGCGUGAAUAUUGUUAAGUUAAAAGAUGCUCAAAGCGCGAAUAAUUUAAAUAUCUGUGAUACUAUUAUGUUUAGGCAAAUAUUAAAAAUAUUUUAUGUUA